ACACACACACAUACAUACAUACAUACAUACAUACAUACAUACAUACAUACAUAAGAAAAGAGAGAGAAAGAAAUUCUGAGAGAGGCAGAGGGUCUUCAUUAGAAAAGCCAUUCAUUGGCCUCAUCUGUUCUAGAAUACUUGCCAUUCUUCACGACAUCUAUACUUGCUAACGAGCUGGAGCCAAUACCUGGACAUUCUUUCUUCCUCUGCCACACACGCCCUGAGACCAUCGUCAACUGUGCAGGAAAACAGUACAUCAAAAUUGUUCACUCCCACGGACUAAUGGGGUGAGCUUCACAUUGUAACAGCUUAGACAUUGCUCUUUAUUCAUCUUCACGCCCUCGAGAAUACAUUGGAUUAACGAUUUUUGUGUGUCAGAAAACAACCAGCUGUGAUUUCCUUGGCAACGCAUAUAGCGUCUGCUCGCUGUGAUAACCGGAGAUUCCUUGAGUGUGUUUGUAUAAAGCUUAGUCCUAGGAUGCUGAGUAGUUAGUUUUACGGAAGCGCAAUGACUUCCCUGGACCUACCUGGGCCCGCAGUCACGGCUGUACUGGGCCUGGUCUGCGCGCUAAUGGCUGUUGCGGAAGCAAUCGACUGUUACAAAUGCACAUCCAUCAACGGAAAGAACGAAGGCUGUGAGGACAAAUUCGAUACGGGCAUCAGCACUGUGGAGCUCAUAGCCCGGAACUGUGUCUAUGGCUUCUUCAAGGGCACUCACUGCAUCAAACUCAAAGGAGAGAAAGAGGACGGUACUCGGAUCACGGUGCGUGACUGCAGUGACGGCGACUGGGGCAGCCACUGUGGCGACAUCCGCUACGUGUACGGGAACCAGGAGCAGAAGAUCUACGGCUGUCUCGAGGCCUGUGACCAGGACGGUUGCAACAGUGCCAUCUCCCUCAGGCCGUCCUUCGUCGUCGUCACUCUCCUUGUGUCCAUCUCCAUUGUCCUGCUCACUCGCCUACAGUCGCCCUCGCUGCUCUCCGAGCGUGGGGCGCACUCGUCUUCUUCGUGAAACAAGCAGAUAGAGAGGUGCAACAUAGCAACAUCGCCCCCCCCCCUUUGCCCCGCCACCGCCCCACCCCUCCCUGCCCCGCCCACAGAAAUUUGUGAGACUGAAAACCCUGCAUUAGUGUGGCUCCUACAACGAAGGUGAUGAUGAUGAUGAAGGUGUAUAAUGGUGAUGGUGUAGAGGAUGAACACUGCAGCAGUGUAGAAGGGCUCAAAUGCUCGGAGUUUCUUGUGUUUAGACGGAGACCGAACUAACUAGACUCAUUCCUCAACAUUUCGUCUGACUGCCUUUCCUUGUUUUCUCGUGCUAAAUGACUUCAGUGUUGGACUACUCCACCAUCAAGCGGAUUCGAGAUUUCUUCUCCGAAAUGAGAUCCCAGGGAAAAUGGGUCUUUAUUUUGCUGCGCUUGAGCCGACUGUGAAAAUGUGUGUGCACUACUUCACUGUUGGGCGUUAUUAUAUCUGAUUGUGGUUUCGGAGGGCGAUAUUUGUGUACAGAACCUUGAAAUGGCACCUGGAGACUGAGCACAGUAUAGUUUAAGCCGAUUUGGAAUCGAAGAUAUGUGUGUUUCAGGUUUGCCUUGGAAACUGCAAAUAAAGGUGAAACCACCGAUGAAAACAUAAA